AUGUCAACAUUGCCAGGUGACUUCAAACAAAGCGCAGCACCAAUCGACUUGGAUCCUCUUGUGGGGCUGCAACGUCCUUCACCUGAGUCACCAAGGCCGAACGAGGAAUCAGGAGAGGAAAGAGAUACAUGGAAGGAUGAUUUAUGCCAUGCUAUUUGUGUUGACGGCUGGACUGAUGUGAAAUCAAUUGUGGAUCAAAACCCUAAUGCCUUGACUGCGGAAAUUGAUGAUAAAGGCAGAACAACACUUCAUGUGGCUGCAAUGUUUGGGCAUGUCACCAUAGUGGAGGAGUUGCUCAAAUUACUGCCUCCACAAUUCCUUCUAAGACCUGAUUCGUUCGGCGAUACAGCACUUGUAUUGGCUAGUCGGUUUGCUGGAAUCACCCAAGUUGCAAAAUGCCUUGUAAACAAGAAUAGCCGCAUAGUUUGCAUUCCAAACAAGUAUGGUAAUCUUCCUGUUACAGUGGCUUUUGCAGACGGUUACCAAGAAAUGGGGCGUUAUCUUUAUUCUGUCACUCCAUUAGAAUGCCUCACAGGCCGUUGGGGUUCCCGGCUUCUUCGUUGUUGUUUCCAUGCACAAUGUUUCGAGAUUGCUUUGAAUUUGCUUCAGCAAUGUGAAGAAUUGCUUUUCAUGCCUGCCAAUGAUGAAGGGUGGACGCCAAUUCGUGAGAUCGCAACCUUGAACACUACCAUUAUUCGCCCAAGUGAACUUAUCUUCUGGAAACGAUGGAUUUAUAGCUUUAUCAAUCAUGUUUUUGUUGACAUUCAACAACAAGACAGAAGUCAAGGAGAUAAAGCAAAACUUACUGAGCUAGGAAAAGAUCCAUGUGUGAUCAAUGUAGAAGUUAAGAAAGUACAAGAGCUAAAGCUGCUGCAUGCACAAGCAGAUGACCUUCUUCAUUUAGUCUGUAAGAAUGCAAGGAAAGCAUACCAAAAAAGGGUUAUAGAUGAGGCUUUAAGUCGUGCAGCUAAAGAAGGGAAUGUUGAGUUUGUGCUUCAAGUAUCAAAUGCAAUCCCAGAGAUUUUCCUCCGUGAAACAAUGGUUUCAUGUUUCAAUAAAGCUCUCGAUUACCGGCAAGCUAAGGUUUUCAACCUUAUCCAUGGCCUUCGCUUCAAGCAUGGCCUGGCAACAAUGAGACCCGAUAAUGAUCCCGGACAUACCUUGAUGCAUAAGGUGGCUAUAAAGGCUCCUGAUCAUGUUCUUAAUCGCAUCUAUGCACCUUCAUUGCAAAUGCAGAGAGAAUUGCAAUGGUUUAAGGAGGUGGAGAGUUUAACACCUCCAAGCUUUAGGGUAUUUCAAAACAAGGAUGGCAUGACAGCCGGAGAAUUAUUCAGAGAAUCUCACAAAGAGUUAAUGAAGCAAGGAGAGAAAUGGAUAAAAGAUACAGCAUCUUCAUGCUCAGUUGUCGGCACCUUAAUUGUGACAAUUAUGUUUGCAGGAGCUUUUACUGUUCCGGGAGGAAAUGAUGAAAAUGUUGGAUACCCAUUAUUCAUCAAACAACCAUUUUUUAAGGUUUUCAUCUUCUCAACCAUAUUAUCUCUUCUCUCUUCUUCAACUUCAGUUUUAAUGUUUCUAGCGAUCCUAACCUCUCAAUAUUCAGAGGAAAAGUUCCUCAAGUCCUUGCCUACAAAGUUAAUUUUGGGUCUUUUCUUUCUUUUCAUCUCUAUUGUAAGCAUGAUAAUAGCCUUUCUGUCUACCAUUCGCCUCAUGCUAAAACACACAAACUACUCGUGGGGUCUCCUUCCCAUUAUUAUAUUUGCAAGUGUUCCCAUCUUCCUCUUUGUGCUGUCACAAUUCCCUCUUCUUCUUCACACUUUUGUUUCUACGUAUGGGAAUAUCUUUGACAGGAAAGUCAAGCCGUGGCCAUGA